GGCGGCUUGCUCAGCAGCUUCACGUCGAGCAACGAAAUGAUGGUAGAUGGUUUGGAGGUAAGUAGAUAUGUAGAGACAUAAGAGUCCUCAUUUUCGUCUCAUAAACGAUCAUCAUCUUCACAUUUCUUUCAGCCAUCCUCCACAUCCACCAUUUUCUCCACCAUCUUCAUCCUACGCCUCUUCCGCCCUCCACCUCCCCAACUCCAACCCCAACACCCACAAUGGACGAGCACGCCGUCCCCACUGGCUCCUUCCCUUCCUUCACGCCAACCUGGCACCGCACCUCCUACCCCUCCAUCUCCCCAACCUCCAACCCCGCCCUCUCCGCCACCUCCAAGACCAUCCUCAUAACCGGUGGCGGCACCGGCGCCGGCCUCGCCAUGGCACGCUCCUUCGCCCUCGCCGGCGCCGCGCACAUCGGCCUCCUCGGCCGCCGCAUCCCCAUCCUCUCCGCCGCCGCCGCCGCCCUCUCCGCCGAGUUCCCAGGGACCACCUUCCACACCUACGGCGCCGAUAUCUCCUCCGAAAGCGCCGUCGACGCCGCAUUUGCCGCCUUCGAAAACGCGGCCGGGAAGAUCGACGUCUGCAUCCAGAACGCCGGCUUCCAGCCCGCUCUCGCGCCUCUAUCCUCGAUCUCCCCCGUAGAUUUCAGGAAAGGGAUCGAGAUCAAUGUGAUGGGGUCGCUGUACCUGAUCCGCGCGUUCCUGCGCGCGGCGGCGGCGGCGGAGGCGGUGCUGCUCUACGUGUCGUCGGGGAUCAUGCACCUGCCGACGAUGAGCGGGUGGGCGGGGUACGCGGUGGCGAAGGAGGCGGCGACGAAGCUGUUCAUGCAUGUUGCGGCGGAGAAUCCGGCGGUGCGGGUGCAUGCGAUAAAUCCGGGGUUGUUGGAGACGGAUAUGAGUGCGUUGAAUAUCCCGAAGGGGAGUGGGGUGGUGUUUGAUGAUAGGUCACUCGCUGGGGACUUUGCGGUGUGGAUUUCGAGUCCUCAGGCGAAGUUUUUGAAUGGGACGUUUGUGUGGUCGAAUUGGGAUGUGGAGGAGAUGAAAGCGAGGGCGGAGGAGAUUGGGAAGGGGUAUUUGUUGAGGAUGGGGCUUGUUGGGUGGGAUAAGAUUUGAAAGCUGCGAGAAGACGUUGGAAAAUAGUUGAUGGAGAUAGAAAGAUUCGUAGUUGGAAGAGACAUAGAAAAUCUAGAUAUGGGAUAUUGUAACAAGAGAAUGAAGAACUCCGAGUAGGGAUGAGAUUCCCCUUUCCAAGCAAGCCUCUCCACCUGCAAACCUAACUUACUCCUUUCCACCCAAAUCGUCAACAUGAGCAGCCUCGAGCUUUACUCGUAUCUGUUGGAUUAUGACAAUCACCUACGGCAAUCACUGCCGGUAGCAAACAGGGCUUUCAUGUACCAAUGUUCAGAUGCUACGG